GACCGGUCGACGGUCGACUGGCUUCUCAAGGGGGCGUGCUGGCUCACGUACAACAAACGCGAACGUGAACGCGAAACUAUCUAAGCACGAGGCGCAAGGCGCAAACGAAUUCGUUAUCGUGGUUCGUAUGUUAUUCGUGUGUGGUCCUCCGACUGGCCACUCCGUGGCAUUCGAUCGUCGUACGUAAUCGUCAAGCAAAUCGGUCUUCCUGUUCCACCAUUCAAAGAGUAAGAAGAGCUCUGCCGAAGAAUAUAUUCAGACGCGUGAGAUUGGAGGAUUGUGCGUCCCGUUGAUCGGUUCGUCUUGCUUACGAGAAAAAGCCGAUGGAACAGCCGAUGGAACCAAAGGACCGCGAGGUUUAGUUAAUCAAAGUUCCUCGAAGGAUGUGCCAUGGCUUCGUCUUUAGGGGGGUCAGGAAUGACGUCGGGCGUCUCGUCGCCGCGAAUAGUCAACCUGGAAUUUCCCCCACCUCCACCUUACCCACCGCCGCACAAUCAGAUAUCGCGCAACGCUUUAAUGGAACCGGUAUCACCAGUGUCGCCCAUCACGAGUUCUCACCAACAUCCGCUUCUGGAUUAUUCGUAUGCGUACUACCAGUCUGAUUCGAGUCACUUCCAUGUCACAUAUCCGACACAAGCUCUCUCGCAGCAACAACAGCAGGAUCAGCGGCAACAGCACCACCAACAGCAGCAGCAGUUACAACAGCAAUCGCAACAACAAUCGCAGCCGACAAGAUCCGAUCCUUUAAAGAGGCACACCUAUACAACUUGCUAUGGCACGGAAGAAAAUAUUUACGAAGAGAUAUCGGAAAUCAGCAAGCAAUGUCAUCGCGCGUUGCACGGAUCGCGAAGGUCACUUGUGGCAGAUGAGGUACGUCGCGUACAAUCGCGGCAUCGUCGCGUGCUCGGGGAACUUAACCUAAGCGUAGAAGCAAUGUUGAUGCCAACUACGGUUGACAAUAACGAGGAAGAAAUAGCGCAGGAAGCUCAUGAAACUUCCACCGAAGAACUGCUGCCUUUAGCUAGUUUCACUGAUGAUGUGCUCUCGCGCGGAUAUGACAUGGACAGUGGUUUCAGUGGAAGCUCUAGUGCGAGUUACAGAUCCGGCUUGGGAUCUUUAAGAAGAGGAAUGGGGAAAACGAGCGGCUCGGAAUUAAUUGGUAUUCCACGUAAAACGAAAGCCGCCAUGAUUUGGAAAAAAGGCUGGAAAGGUUGGAAGAAACUCCAUUCCUUCGGAAACAAUAGUAACAACAGCAAGAUUAUUGACGAGCCUCGUUCAAGGUGCAAAUCGUGGGAUGACGUAGGACCCGGCAAAAUGGAAACGGUCAGUGGAAACGCGCGUCAUCCCUCUUUAGAGACAAGCAGGUCCAACACGUCCACACAGUCCGCCAGAAGCGAGGAUUCUUGGUGUUCGGCAUCGGAUCACGAUAUCUCUUCUGAUGAUGAAAGCGAAAAGAGUAAUAUCAGUAUUAAAAGUAAUUGCCAAUUGAGAAAUACGUUGCAUAAAGCACGUACGCUUUGCGACAAGUGGCGAUUUCAAAAUAUACCGGCCAACAGUGCGGAUCUUCUGGAAUCUCCGGGAAAUCAUGGACGCCUCUCGAGAUGGUUCAGUAUUCGCAGAGGGUCAACGCAUCAUUACGAUGUAGAUUCCCCAGAUACGGUAUCUCUAACCAGCCCUAUCAAAACGUCGCAAAUGCCACAGCUUUGCGAAGUCGACGAAGAGAGUAGCGCGAUGAUACAAUUUCAGUGUAUGCAACAAAGAAGACAAGCUCCACCUACACUUCCACCGCCACCUCCAAACCUGUCUCCUCAACAAUUGAAACGUCGACAUAUUGUGGCCGCGAUAGUACAUUCCGAAAACAGUUAUGUAUCUACUUUGCAAAGAUUAGUAAAUGAUUAUAAGAAACCAUUGGAGGAAUCUUCACCACCUAUACUGAGUCAAUCCAAGAUAGCGACAUUGUUUCAUAGAUUACCCGAAAUUUUGCAAUGUCAUACAUUAUUUAGAAUUGCUCUGGCGGAAUGCGUACGAUCCUGGGACAAGGAUGAAAAGUUGGGAGAUGUAUUCGUCGCGAGUUUCAGCAAAGCCAUUGUUCUUGACAUUUACAGCGGCUUUAUAAACAACUUUUCUGUGGCGAUGGAUUUAGCCAAACAAGAAUCAAAGAGGAAGACCGCGCUCGCUGAUUUUUUUAAGGUGAAACAAAUUAGUGCCCACGAUAGAUUAUCUUUCUUUGGUUUAAUGGUCAAGCCUGUACAAAGGUUCCCACAAUUUAUUUUAUUUUUGCAAGAUUUAUUAAAGCAUACACCACAAGGACAUCACGAUAGAAUGUCUUUGCAGUUGGCGUUAACGCAACUCGAGAGUUUGGCCGAAAUGCUAAACGAGAGAAAACGAGAAGCGGAGCAAUUCCAAGCGUUUAAAGAAAUGUUGCGGCAUGUUUCCGGAAAGUUGUCGCAUCGUCCGCUUUCUUCAACGUCACGCUAUCUUAUUAGAGAAGAUAAUGUCACGCAAUUGGAAUUCAAUCAGAACGGUAUGAUAACGAAAUCCAAAAGAAGAAGAUUAUUGCUACUAAACGAUUUAGUAGUAUGCGUUUCCGUUACUCCGAGAUCGACGGAAGAUUUUUCAGGAAACGAACGAUUAACGCUAAAAUGGACGUAUCCGGUAUCGGAUAUCGAAAUUCAAGAUACUAGCACUUCUCCGACUUUAAGUCGAUUACUCACCGCUGGUUUGAAUAAAGGUGGCAGUUUAAAAUCUGACAAAAGCGGUGGAGAAUGUGGACAAGCAACCGACGCGGAUAAUCUCUGUGUAGAAAUGAACGAUCUUAUGCACGAUUACGAAGUCAUGUCUAGGAUAAGUGAUUUAGUGGUCCAAUUGAAGGGUAGAUACGAGGGAAUGACACUCCAGACUACCAAGCAAAUUCUGCAAUCGAUACAAAUGUCGAUACAGCAGAAGGACGAGGAUAUGGUAUGGGCCGAUAGCUGUUGUCUCCAACUAGUCACAAAGCAAGGUCAAAUGUACACAUUUCAAACAGAAAAUCCGCUGGUGAAAAAGGAUUGGAUAACUGAACUUAGAUUGGCGCAAUUAGCUUUGGAUCCCAACAAUUCUCCAUCGUGGGAAGUACCUGAACAGGAGCAAAGACCGUCCACGAAAAUGCCACUUUUCGUUAGUUCACAAGCCGUAUAUCGCUCGCAACAUCAGACUGAAGUACGUUGCGGUUGUUAUUAUUCCAUUGAAAAUUCACGUUCCAAUAGACGACGCGGUAGAAGUCAAAAUUAUUUGUGGAUAUGUACAGGAGACGGCAUAUCCAGUCAUGUAACAGUUUUUGGUCAAUCGACAACAGCAUCGGCGACUUGUUUGAAACGUAUAACUACUUUUGAUCUGGUCGAAACUAGAGUAAACGCCAUCGAGUUCGUAAAAGGGGUUUCCAAUGAUUUUACCACGCUCGCCAGUGAUCUCGUAUGGAUGGGCACGGAUUCUCGGAAAAUUAUUAUUUAUGCCGCGACAGAACCCGAAAAGGAAGAGGAGAUCGGCAAUUAUCCUGUCUCGGGACCUAUAAUUGAAAUCAAGUAUCAUUGCGACAAUGUUUUCGUAGCGUUAGGCACGGGUUUGUUACUUUUAUUUAAACGACAAGCCGAUGGUAUCUGGGCCCUCAAAGAUCCCUUUGUUAUAUCACUUGGUAACGAUCCAGUCUCGUGCCUAAUGCCAAUUAAUCAGUCAGUUUAUGCCGCCUGUGGCAAGAAGGUUUGGGUACUUAAUGCCACUUCGGGAGAUGUCACCAAGAACUUUAGCGCACAACACGAACAUGUUGGAAAUGUGAGACUCAUGGCCCAUUCCGGGGUCGGUCUUUGGGUCGCCCUUAAAAAUUCCAGUACAGUUUGUCUCUAUCACACGGAAACGUUCAAACAUUUACAAGACAUCAAUAUAGCGUCCAACGUGUUGAGAGUGACGAAAAUGAAUAAUCCUCUCAAUUCGUGCGGUGGCACUUUGGCUGUCAAUAGUCAAACUGCGGUUACGGUUACGGCGCUUUUAGCGUGUAAAGGUCUCUUGUGGGUCGGCACUAACGUAGGUAUUAGUUUAACUAUUCCAUUACCCCGUUUGGAGGGAGUGCCAAUCAUCAGCGGACGCGUCAAUAUUUCUUAUCAUGCCCACUUUGGUCCGAUUACAUUUUUAUUGGCGGUACACAAUACGAAAGGCACGAUGUAUUCUACCGCGAAGAAUGUUCGCGUCAAUGAUGACGAAAGUGUACCAUUAAGAACGAGAGAUGCCGAACAGAAAUCGCGAGAUAGAACGAGUUUAGAUUCGUCUGCGUGUAAUAAUAUCGCGAAACUGAAACAACAGUUGACAGGAAGCCCGGUAAUGCUGAGAAGAAAGCGAAGCAAGGAAUAUGAAUGUAGAGGCUCGAAAACACUUCCGAGGGGAUUAGGAGCUGGUUGUGGAUUUUUAUCAAGCUCCAUCUCCAGUUCGCAGAGUUCUGGUGAGAACUGCGACGUUUACGGACUUUACGGUGAAUUGAUGUACGUGAAGGAUUACGAAAAUGAAAACAAUUCGGGUAUAGACCCUAUUUACGAGACAUUGAGAAGAAGCGACCCAGAAUUGGCAGCCAUACCAAAUAAAGUGAGUACCUUGGAUCGUAGAUUGAAAAUGAAAAUCACUAGGCCUAGAUCGUUGGAUCUUUCCAACUGGUCGGUGGAUUCUCACGCGAGCUCUUUGUACACAUCUUCGGAAGAAAAUUUAUCUCUAAAAACUGGAAAAUUAUCGCGUAAUAGUAGCAUAGCUAGUCGUAACGGUCCUUACGACCUCUCUCCAAGUAACAAUAGCGCAAUACAAUCCGCAUUGGAAACAACAUCUGCGAGCAAUCUUAAGAUGAAUGGUAAGAAGAAUGGUAAAACGAUGCAACAAAUAGAACAACCUAAAAGAACGGUAUUGACGCUAAUGGGUGGACGUGGUUAUAUCAAUUGGAGGCAAUUACAUGCGCAAUCCUAUAUUGACAAAAGUUCGAAAUCGACCUACGCGUUCAAAGAUCCCAACAGUAAUGACGCACAUAUAGUCUUAUGGGAGAUGAAAUUGUGAUAUUUGUACACUUUAGACUUAUACGUUAUACAUCAGUUAUAUAUCACAGAAGCGAAACUUUGACGCUAAUAUCUAUGUGCAUUGUAAUAUCGGAAGAUAGGACCAAAAGAACGCUUUAGAUAAGAUUAUUGAUUAUUGAUUAUUGUAUUGUAGAGGACUAUCAGGCCCAUGACAUGAUCAAUUUCAAUUAGAAUUGUGGCAAUCGAGUAUCCGUACCUUCGACUAUGUGUGACGAUUUUUAUAACGUGCAAAUUGCUAUAGAUUAUUUUUUAAAACAACGAGAAUCAAAAAUGCUAGAAGGAAGAAAUAUAAUUUCAGUAUUAGAAUAUUAAACAUCUCUCAUACAAUUAACAGAUUGUUUAAUAACAGCUAUUUAAUUACAUGUAUUUUUUAAACAAACAGCUUUUCUAGAAAAGAAUGACUUUAUUAAAUAAACAAAUUAAUAUAUAUAUAUAUAUAUAUCGAUGCGAUUUACGAUGAGAUUAGUAUACACCAAGUGAGCGGAUACUCUUGCUUAUCAAAAGUGAAUGCUUCCAUUACAUAUAGAUUAUGGUUGUUAAUAUUUCGAUACAAUGUAUCGUUUCUAGAUAUGAAUCAUUUGAAAUUUAUACCUGCUCAGGGUAUAUCAAUUUGAAUCUCGUUAGUGUUUAACGAAACGUGUGAUAAGUCUUCAAAAUAGAAGAAAGCGCAAAAAAACAGGAUUACGCUUAAAUGUGAAACGUUUCAUAUUGUUAUAUUUGUCAUGCGAAUAUUUGCUACAGAAAUAUUAUAUUUACAUAGUGCGUAUAUUCAGUCUCGGUUAAAAUUAAAAUAAACGUUGAAAUCGUUGCUCGCACACGCGUAAUUAAAAUUUAAAUGGUUGAUUGGGUCUGGAUCAUGCGUUCAUAUGGAAAAUAUUUACUACCAUGUACUGUAUUUUACUACGUGUUAUUAUAAACUAUUGCAUUAUAUCAUAUGUCUACGUACAUUGAUUUCGAUGAAAAUUGGUCGACUGAAAAUUUGUUUGGACAUUAUUUGAUUUUAAAUAUUUUUUUGGCGAUAUGCACUAUUUGUUUUAAAAUGUGUGCGCCCGCGCGCGCGUGCAUAUAACGAUAAUCGUUUGUUUUAAACGGUAAUUUUUUUCUCAUAUCGCUCUUAACCAAGAUUUAAAUGUAAUAUUUCAACAAUUUUAUUUACCGUUUGAAACUAUAAUUAUCAAUUUCGAUUGACAUAUCAAAUUACGGAUUAAUUAUCAACAUAUGUACUUUACAGUCAUAUCAUUUUGAUAUUCGAUAAAUGUGCUGACAAAGAUUUCAUGAUGCGCGUUAUGUAAGAUACAAUCUAACGCAUCUAUACUACGAGUAUUUCUAUUAGUACAAAAAUUAUAUAUACUUUUUCGUGAGAUUACUAUCGCAAUCUGUAUUCCGCUAAAGAAAUUAAGGAAAUUUAGGCAUUUAAUCACAACAUACCAGACCCGAACAGCUACUUAGAAUCUCAUUAUUUACAAGUUUUGAGCAAACAAUCCAUUAAUAUUGAAAUCAACAUCCUUUCAUUUCACAAUCUAUCAAUUUUAACAAUUACUAAAA